AUGUUUCCACUUCCCUCGGCAACCAUCACCCCUUCCCUGCCACAUGAUGUCCCGGUGGCAGAAUCAUUUAAGCUGCCUCAGCAUGCGCCGAUCGACACUCCCUGGUUGACUGAAGAGCUCAAAUAUUUCGAGACUUGUCUGCUCGUUCUCGAUGUGCUCGAGUCAUUUGGGACUCACAUUAGCAAGGAUCCAGUCUCUCCCUCUGGCAGAUGGGCUGGCAAGCCCAAAUUCCUUGGACAUGUAUAUCACUGGGUCAGAAAGAACGAGCCCAUCCAGCUUACAAUGCCGGCAUUUCCAUGCAAGAGUGCCAACCGUGAAAACAAGGUCCUAGGUCACUUACCGGAUCUUGGUGAGGAGCUUGGUAUGAGUCGCUUGAACGACAUAGCUGUGGCCAUUAAGAAUGUCUACCAGCCCGGUGCCUUGGUCAAUAUUGCGUCUGAUGGCAUUUUAUUUAAUGACAUCAUCGGUGUUACUGAUGAGGAGACUUGGGAGUAUGGCGAAGAACUUCGCGCCAUUGCCAAAGAAAAAAAACUCGACUACAUGGUCUUUCUCUAUCCUCAGGUCUUGAUUGGCAUGAUGCCUGCCAGUGAGAUGACUCGAGAGAAAUACAUUUCAACCGCCGGCGAAUGCCGUGCCUUGCUCGAAGCUCGAUACGGAAGCACCCUCAAGCAGAUUGAAGCCCUUAUCAAGGCUGACCCCGACACCAACUCAACAUACUGUGGCAUGGUCAAAUUCCUGCAAACAGAAUUGCUUGGCGCCCUUGCCGGCAAGAGCUACCGUGAACGCCAAAAAUUACAAAAGAGCUCUGCUAAGAAAAUGAUGCAGCGUUCGGAGGCAUUUACCCUUGCCAUUCGUACCAAUCGGGCCUUGGAUGUUCGUCUGUCAAUGCAUCCUUCAUCUGGAGUGGCCAAGCUUUCAGUGGCCCUUGUUCCUUCACCAAAGGGCUUUUUCCAAAGGUCACCCUGGCACAGCUGUGUUGCUAUUGACAGCGAAGGCGGCUACCACUGUGUCCACUCUGAAGAAGUCCGGGACACGCAUGAGCUCAUGUACAAGGAUAACCGUCCGUACUUUUUCAUUGCCAAGGAUGCCGUCCAGGUCGAUGAGCCACAUACCACGACGGUUAUUGAGGCUUCAAAUACUGCGGCGGUCAUAGAGAAACCGGAAGACUCCGCGGCUCCAGCACAGGCAGAACUUGUUACGGUUGUCGAAAAGCAAGAGACUGUGACGGUUGUCGAGAAUCCUGUUCCCACUGUUGCUGAAUCGCGAGAAGCAGUGACGUUUACUGAGGAACAAGCUAUUGCUACAACUACCGAAAAGGAAGAAGCCGCGACGUUUAUCGGGGAGCAAUCAAUUGCUACAACUCCUGAAAAGCAAGAGAUCGCGACGUCGAUCGAAGAGCAACCUACUGCUACAACUACCGAAAAGCAAGCUGUGAGGUUUAUUGAAGAGCAACCGAUUCCUAACAUUGCGGAAAAGCAAGAGAUCGUCACGAUUGUCGAGGAGCGAACUACUGUUACUCUUGACAGUCAAGAUAUCGCGACCACUCCAGACAACCAGCAACAUGUCGUAGAGGCUCAGGUCGAAAUUGCGACAGCUGAGCCUAACAUUCCAUCUGCUCCGCUGGCGGCUGAGUCAUUUCCCUAA